GGCGAUAAAUACAAAAUUGUAGAUUAUAAAAUAUAUCUGGAAUUAUUUGCAUUGCAUUUUAUUAUUGCGUAUUGGAGUGUUAUAGUGUAAUUGAAUAAUUUUAAUUUUGGAAAUUGUUAAAGAUAUGAUUGUCCCUUCUUAUGGAUGAAUUAAACAAAAAUUCUACAGACAAAAAAGUUUUCAUACUUUCACCCGACGAACUAAGCAAACUUGGAAUUUUAGAUGCAGCUACCCAAUUUAAAAACGUACCAUCAUCAUCAUCAUCAUCAAGCAAAGACACUCCAGUAACUAAAUCAGAUCUAUCCAGUAUAUUCAAGGGCAAAAAACUUUUAUCGAAGAAUAAAAAUGGCCAUGAAGCGUCCAAAAAACCCUCAGACCCGACGAACAAGGCCAUUAUCCUUUCGACUGAAACUUCUGUUAGCGAUAGGAGUAAAUCUACUUGUAACACAAAAAAGCUUACCCAAAAACAAGCAAAAAAUAUUAAUAAUGUCACUCAUAUUGAUUCUGAUCAAACGGAUGAAAUUAACAGACAAUCAGAAGACACAAGAGAAGGCAAAACAGAAAUAUUAGAGCCUGUUGGCACCACAAAUGAGACUAAUAAAGCAGUACAAAUAGGUUAUUUAAGUUCUAAUGGAAGUAAUAGCAAUACCCGUUUAUCUACUAGGUCAGUCAAGAAAGAAUCUGCUAAUUCUUCAAACAUUAUUACCAACGAAAGGGAUCAGUCGAAUAAAAGAACAUAUAAAAAAGAACAAAAAAAAACUAAUAGUGCAAAGUUAGAGGAGACCUCUACGACAUCCAAACCAGAAACAUCAUCGUUUCGGCCAGAUUUACACUCUUCAAGAAGUAAUUCGAAUGUCGGAGAUUGUGAUGAAACUCCUUUAACAAAAGUUCCCAAGAAAAAGGGCAGAGCUAGAAGAAAUAAAGAACCUGAUGAUACACAACGAUAUGAAAUAAAUACUGGGGACUCUAUAUUAGAAGCUAGUGAAACAGAGCAUGCUGAGAUUGUAGAAGAACAAAAGAAAGAAACCUGCACAAACGAUUUAGAAGAAAUGAAUGAAACAGGCGAAAUCGAAACGCCUACACAAAUACUAGGUAGAAGUAGAAAUAACAAUAGUAGCAAUGUUAGAACAAGAAUGAUAUGUAAAAGUACUAAGGUAGAAAGUUCAGUUACUACUUUAGAAGAACCACAUUCCAAGCACCAUAAAGAAAGUGAACUAGGACCAGAACAGUCUAGAAAAGAAGAAAUGGACGAUGAAAACAAUGUAGUAGAAAACAAGACAUACGAAAGCGAAUCAACGACUCCAAUUACUCAAAAAAGAAAAAGAGGUAGACCGCCAAAGGUCCAAAAACCAGUAGACCUCACGCCUUCGGUAAUCGCCGAAGCACCAAAAACAGUCAUGGAACAAUCCCAAAGGGGCAGGACGCACGUUAAAGUCAAGUACCAGGAAAUGGACAACGACUACAAAGAAUUCGAAACCACCAACAUCCAAGAAAGCACACCAACCACGAGCAGCACCGAAGUAGCGAAGAAGAAAAGAGGCAGAAAACGUAAAUGCGAGUUUAACGAAGAUAAUAACGAUGUACAAUCAAAUACAGAAGAAACUUUUAUUCAUAAUAAUAAAAAGAAGAAAACUUCAGAAGAAGCUAAUGAUACCGUAACAAUAACUGAAAGUGAAGAGAAUAUUCUUGCCACGUCUUCCAAAUCCUCGCAGGAAAGUUCAUCUAAAGCACAUGAAGAAAUCAAAGUCACUUGCUGCCUUUGCCGGAACGUAUUCCCAGAAAUUGACUGGCCCCAUCACAACGAAACCCACCACAACAACCUAUCGUGGCGAGACGGUGAAACCCCUAUAUCCCUAGACGAUCCCAACGUCAAGACCAAACUCAAACGACUGCUCUCCAAGAACAAGUCGCUGACGUGCUCGAAUUGCCAGACCGCCGGCUUCAAGCUCGCGAAUUUCAUCUCCCAUUUAGAGGAAUGCCUGGGCCUCGUCGUCGACGGUAACGUCACCUGCGCCAAAUGCAACGAAACCAUGCCCAGGGACUCCUGGCCCCCACACAAAGCCAAACACAACAACUUGGCGUGGCGCGUCGGCGAUCACCCUCUGGAUUUGAACGAUGAGGCGUUCGUGGUGAGGACGCUGAAGGGGCUGGUGAAGGCCAAGAAGCCGCUGUUCUGCGAGAAAUGCGGGGCGUCGAAGAAAUCGGUGGCGGGGAUGCUGUCUCACAUGGGGGCGUGCGGGAACGAGGAGAACGCGAAAAUCAAGUGCGAAAUAUGCGGCAGGGAGAUGCUACCGUACAGUCUACCGAUCCACAUGAGGGCGCACGAAGCCGCCAAACGCGCCCCCAAAGCCACCGAUCAUUUCGACGUCGAUUUGAACAGCUCUUCGACGAAGAGAAGGGCCGCUACUAAGGCGUUGAAUAGAUUAAAGGAGUUUACCUCGGAUUUAUCCGAUACAUCGAAGCAUUUCGUGAAGCAAAUCAACUUCGAAGAAGACAAUUCAUUGGUAUCAUAUCUCCAUAAGGAAUUGGAAGAAAAUGAUGUAUUGAAGUGUAUGUUCGAUAACUGCGGGUUUUCUAGCCGAGAAGUGGAAAGUUUGGUGUCUCAUUUGAAUAAUUGCCCGCACAAACCUGAAGAGUACUAUUUGUGCAAAACUUGCUUUAGAGUAGAACGCUCCGAAAGCGAAAUGAUCAAACACAUCAAUUCGUCGCACGAUAUCAAACUGAGAAUGAAGGUAGAUACGGACUACGUUGUGUGCGACGAAGACGAGAGAACCGCGCACGAAGAGGAUGUGAUAGAAACGAGGAGAAGCGUUACGAAAAAAGGCGAUUGUACUAAUAAAAAAACUAGACCUUUGUUCAUUAACAAUGUUAGCAAAAAAAUGAAAAACUUGCACGAGCUGUUCUCUCACGCCUUUCAGUACACUUACGAAUUCGUCGAAAAGAACUACAAUCAAAACGAUUUGUUCCCAUCGUUUAAAUGUAAGGAAACCGAUUGGAGUUUGAUAAGCGAAGAUAGAUUAGAAGAUUACAUACCAUCCGCUGAACUAUCUUGCGAUGUUGCCACUUUGAAAACAGCAGGCAUGGUGAAGGAGUGCGAGAAUUACACUUUCAAGAAGUACGAACUGUUCGAAAUCGAACAAAACGAUGAUAGCACCAUGAUUUUCUGCGGGGCUCCGAUACGCUGCAUGGCUUGGCUGCCCACUCCCUACGAUUCGCUAAAUCGGGCGCAAAUUUUGGCCGUGGGGACCGGCAAAGACUUCGACGAGAAGCACCUGCUCUCGGAGAACCGCCCGGAGGCGACCGUGGUGCAAUUUUGGAAUUUCGGAGCGCUGAAAGACGGGCGAACACCGAGCAAACCGACGCUCGAUUUUUGCUUGGGGAUCGACGAAGGGCCCGUGUGGCACUUGGAAUGGUGCCCGUCGGGGUGUUGCGACGUCGAUGGAACCGUGGAAUGGAACAGAAGAGGUUUACUGGCCGUCGGUGGGUCUUCGAUGGAUGUGAAUGUUUAUUCCAUACCGGUUUUUAAUGAAGAUAAAACAGGGUUGUUUUACAAGGCAAAACCUGUAUUAACUCUAAAAUUAGUUGUGGAUGAGCAGAAUUUGAAAAGAAAAGUAUUCCCCACGAAGAUUUCUUGGAGCAAAGUUUCUGGUCAUAAUUACAUAGCUGUAGGUUACAGCGAUGGAACAGUGGCUGUAUACAAUUUACUUGCGUUAUCCGAUAAUCCUUCGUCUAUUCUAUUGCCAUACAAGGUACUGAAGAACCACAGUCACUACAUUUCAGCUCUCUUCUUUAUACCGUUAAGCGAAGGAAAUAGAUGGCUGGUAUCAUCUUCAUUCGACAGAAACGUGUACAUAUGCGAUUUAUACAACAACGAUAAAUUCUCUUGUAAAAGAGGAAAAGUGAUUGUCGAUGGUAGUUGGAUGUUGAACUGGUUGUGUUUUCUAUUAGGUUGUGACGAAGCGACUUCCUUAGUUCAACCGAUCGUGGCUGCAUACAGUUGCAGGGAAUAUUUGUACAGCGCCUGCAACCUGUCUUAUUCGCUAUCUACUGUUCUGACGAUAUCUGCGAGCGAUUGGCUCAACGCUUUCGUCCACGGUAACGAAACCGGGGAAAUUAUCUUCGCGCUUCAGCACCAGAUGCUGUACGAUAACGAAAAGCAACGAAGGCACUUCGAUAACCGUUACUUAGCAAGUUACGUUAGGUUGAUCGAUAAGACAUUACAACCUGGUGUCGAUAUUGCGAAGCUAGAGACGGAGACUUGGCACGAACCUCUCGCGUAUAAGGAGGCAACUAGAAAAUACGGGGUCAUCUUCUGUGAUACGGUGAGUAAUUUUAAAAAGCAAAUGGUGCAAAGCAAUUCGGAGCCUAGCAGAACAAAUUUGUAUCCUCUCUCGGCGGUAAAUAAGGUCUCUUUCAAUCCAAAUCGACAAGCUUGCUUGCACUACGCAUCAGGAUAUCAAGUCGGCUUCAUUCGAUUGCAUUGUUUGAAUUUUUUGAAAAAUUAUCCAAAUUGUAACGUCGAUUAGAGUGUAUAAGAUUCUACAAAUGUAUUUAUUUUUAUAUUGUAAAAUAUGAUUGAAAACUUUUGUACUCUUCAAACACCUUUAACAAAACAAAACAAAAAAAACUUACUGCUUAUUAAAAAAAACCCUUAUUUAUACAUACAUUUUAUAAAAAUUUAAGCUUACUUUUAAAUAUGAAAAAUAAUUUACUAGUCCUGCUUAUAAAUUUUCGCUUUCAACACCGCCUUAUCUAAAAUCUCGCUGAAAGUCCUUUGGGUUAAAUCGCACAAUUCGCCGCUCUCUUUCGAAGCGAUUUCUAAACUUUUACCUAGAUGGGCGUCGAAAUGAGACGCCAGCGACGCCUGCGAUUCGCAGAUCUUCGCCAAUUGCAUGAGCAAAUUAAUGAUGUCGUCGGUCAACGGAGGAAAAGCCUCGCUGAUUCGCACUAAAGCCGGUAAGACGGGCUUGAAAAGCUUCACCCUUUGAGCGCUGGAUACGCCUAGAAUCGAUUCUUGUUAAUAGUAAAAGGACGAUAGUACUGUAUCGUUUACCUCCGAGAAGGGCGUAGAGCAAAUUCAGCGCCGAAAUGCAUAAAUUCAAACUCUUCGGUAGAGCGUACUGCAGGCUAAUGUGGGAGAGCAGCUGUAUUCCGAAUAUUUGUUUGUUAAGGCUCGGCUGUUGCAUCAGUUCCUGCAAAAAGUCCAGGCAUAUGUGCAUUGAAGGAACGCCUUUGACUACUAUUUCGAUCAGUUCGCUUGGAUACGUCUGUAAUAAAAUAUUGUUAUUUAUUAUUAUCGGUUGUGGAAUCAGCACUUACUUGAAAAUGUACUAAUUUACAUAAAGUCGUAUCGGCAAUAAAAGCCUGGUGAAGGUAACUGCAAACCAAUGAUCUGACUUCCUGCAAGGCCCACUGUCUUCCUGGUAUAGUUUUAUCCAGAUCCGUUUCGGAACAAGUUUCUAUCAACAUCUGAAUAGCCGCAGAUUCC